UGCAUCAAAAUCAGUCCGAGUUAGAGGUUAGAGGUCAGCUUUGUGCAGCAUCGAAAAACAUGAUAAAUUCUGUGAUACGUAUCUAUCUAUUGUUAUUUUAUUUAUUAUUAUACAAUGAAGCAAAAUCAUAUCACGCUGUCGUUGUUAUUCACGGGGUUCUCACUGGAAGUGACAGUAUGGAACUCAUUAGCAACAGAAUUCAGGAGAUGCAUCCUGGAACUCCAGUCUACAACACUGUUAGAUUUGCAGGUUGGAGUAGCCUGGAACCAAUGUGGGAACAGGUAGAGGAAAUGGGCAUGGAUGUACUCUCCAUAGGUGCUGCAUUUCCUGAAGGAAUUAAUUUAAUUGGUUAUAGUCAGGGUGGUUUAUUAGCUAGAGCCAUAUUGCAAAGAUUUCCCAUGCAUAAUGUCAGAAACUUUAUUUCUCUGAGCUCGCCGCAAGCGGGGCAAUAUGGAACACGUUUCCUGCAUUUAAUUUUCCCAGAUUUAGUUUGUGAAACUGCUUAUGAACUCUUUUAUUCACGACUUGGACAACACACCAGUAUUGGAAAUUACUGGAAUGAUCCUCAUCACCAAGAAUUGUAUUAUAAAUACAGCAAGUUUCUGCCAUAUGUGAACAAUGAAGUCGACGUUUUCAACAAUUCCGACUAUAAAACAGGUUUAACCAAGCUGAAACGUAUGAUACUCAUUGGAGGACCAGACGAUGGCGUUAUCACUCCAUGGCAAAGCAGUCACUUUGGAUAUUACGACAAUAACAACACUGUGAUAGACAUGCGUGAAAGAUCUAUUUAUAAAGAUGAUGUGAUUGGUUUGAAAACGUUAGAUAAACGGAGCAAGCUAAAGAUCAUCACAGUGCCCGGAAUUCCUCAUACCGAAUGGCAUAAAAAUAUCUCUAUAGUAGAUCAAUUUCUGUUACCAUAUUUAGAUUAAACUUAAUGAAAUAUAAGUAAAAUAAAAUCGAAACUUGCCAAAUAUAAUAGAGAAUCUAAGAAAUA